AGCAGAAGAUUGAAAAAACAAUCAGAAUAUAAUCUGACAGAAAUUUACUCGGGUAUAGGGAGGGUUUCCUAACAAAAAAACCCAAGACGUCGCCGUAACAAAGCAGGUGUCUGAAGUUGAUUGCAUUCCAUCUUCAAGAUGUUCAAUUCAAAUUGGACACCCAUUUUGUUUCAGGAUUACUUCUGGAACCAAUGCAAGGAUGCCUUCUUUCUUUUGCAAGUGCGUCCUACAAAAAGAGGUCAAAACACAACUAAUACUGUUACAGGUGGCUAGAUUCACGCUUCUAACCUGUUUGUAAAACAUAGCCCUGUUUUCCCUAGCAGAGUGUGUGGCGUGAGACACAACAAUCUCUCUCAUUAGGAUAUCAAAAUAAAAAGGUCUGAAACGAUUCUCAGCCACAAAGGACAUCGAUUUACUCUAUUUCUCGGUUAGUUAAGGGAUACCCCUUCGAUAAAAGUGCUGAUUGCCUUUAUUCAUGCAAGGAAAACCACCAGUCAAAACAGGUUGGCACUGGUGUUUUCACUUCGAUAGUUUCUUCACUUCCCGUAUCUCAUGAGGGUGUGACUGAAGGGAAUCUUGUGCCAGAAAUGUGUCAUGUAAUAUAGAGAUACAUAAUUUCAGUGCCGCCCUAAAGACUUAUUUUCCACUCUUUACUGAGGUAAUUCAUGAAAUCAAGUAUCAGAUAAUUUUCGAUGUCCAAAUUUGGAAGUCAUCAACAGGGCCCAUAAUUCGUGAUAUCGCAUGCAUCGUGGGUCGCGAAAAAUAAUGGCGGAUCAUCGAACGAAAUGUUUUGUCUAGGACGUAGUUACAAAUGGGCGAAAGCCAUGUGAGGAAACGGCAAGAAAUUAUAGCUUGUGAUGAAUAAUUUACUGGCCUUAUUGUCCAUUUUACUGGUGGAAUGGCCUCUGACAACAUCAGCUUCACCACGUCUACAAGGAUCAUACAAAAGUCAAACGUACCGACCAUCUCCAAGGGCCAAGGAUCCACUGGCACCAAACCUAUUUACACCAAGAAUUUCAAGGAACAAUUAUUGGAGUCUUCAUUAUGUUCCUACAAAAAUCCGUUACGGUGCCUAUCAAAAUAGAUACAAUUCUAAAAGUAUUCCAAGCAAGGUUGUUCUCCCUGCAAAGGAAACAAUGCUGAAUGCUAAAAACUUAGCUGCCAAAUCAUAUUGGUCACAACGUGCAAAUGGGAAGACAACGGCAACAUUUCCAUCUGCAAGGAAACGUUUACUUGGUACGAAAGGCCCUGCACUUAGCAAAAGCGAGCAAAUAUCGCUGCGGCCCAAGACUACGAUUAAAAAGGCAACUCUCUCUUCUAAUCCACGUUGGGCAAGGAGUCGUGGAGAGCAUAAAAAGAAAAAGCAGUUUAUAGUUGCCAACUGGGGUGGGUUAGGUUUAGGGAAUGGACUGGGAUUAGGUUUAACAGGCACGACAACGGACAGUUAUGGCACGGGGCUUGCAACGGGACUAGGGACAAGUUACGGGGCAGGUGGUACUUACGGGACGGGUCUUUCUGCAGACUAUGGUGCUGGCGUCGGGACAAUGCUUGCCACCGGGUAUGGAACGGGCGGUACGAAUGUAUUGGGUUCUAAUGCGGUAUUGGAUACCAGGCACAACUUUGGUUCAAGUUAUGGAGAUACAACUGGCAAUGGUCAAAGCCAAUCAGCAUUGAGCGAUCUUUCCGCUGCGGGACUGGACUCUUUAAGCUCAGCACAAACAGGUGGUAAUUCAUACGUUGGUUUGAACUCUUAUGUGUCAAACUUAGCCGGAGGAGGGACAUCUAACUUGAAUUCGUUAAACUCAGUGAGCGCAUAUCAGAAUAACGGCUUGGACGUCUUGGGAAACACUGCAAACACUGCUUCGACAGGUUUGACUGGGCUCGAUUCAUUGACAGGGGGACUCUCACAAAGUCAGCAGUAUGGUGACGGCAGUGACAAUUUGGUAAACUCUCUAGAAGAAAAACUUAACAUGGGAGGUGGAAGCAGACAAGGAGUCGGCGGAAUGGAUCUUGGGAUGGACGAUCUAGGUGGCAAUGGGAUGUCCGACAAUUCCCUGCAGCAGCUUCUGGGACAAAUAAUGGUCGGAGGGGGAGGAGGAGGUGGCGGUGGUGGUGGUGGUGGCGGGGGAGGAAGAAUGGGAGGUGCUGGUGGACGUAUGAGCAACAACAACGAUAACAUGGGAGGAGACUUAGGCAAUCUUGAUCUUGGAUCACUGGGGCUUAAUCUUGAGAUGGGGAAUGGGAUGGGAAAUAGGAUGGGAAAUGGGAUGGGAAAUGGAAUGGGGAAUGGGAUGGGAAACGGAAUGGAUAAUAACUUAGGCAAUCUUGAUCUUGGAUCACUGGGGCUUAAUCUUGAGAUGGGGAAUGGGAUGGGAAAUAGGAUGGGAAAUGGGAUGGGAAAUGGAAUGGGGAAUGGGAUGGGAAACGGAAUGGAUAAUAGCAUGGAGGGAGUUGGAGGGAUGGGAGGCAUGGGGAAUAGUAUGGGGAAUGGAAUGAAUGGUAUGGGAAAUGGAAUGGGCAUGGGGCUGGGGAUGGGCAUGAGCAUGGGAGGAAUGGGGCAUGGGAUUAAAAUAGGUGGAAUGAACGUCGAGGGACAUGCUGCAGGGAUGGGAAGUCAGGAUGACACCAACCAAGAGAUGGAAGAUUCCCAGCCUUCUAACGCGCCAGACGAGCAAAGUGUGCCAAAUUAUAUGCAACGUCCGUUGGCCAUUGCGCCCAUCGUACCGGGUCAAACUGUGCACGCGCACGCAAGUGACAAGCCAAAGCGACCAAGCUACUCCACAGCUCUCUAUUCACCAGCCGAAAUGGCACUGAAGGUUCAAAUAAAGGCUAAUAAAGAGCAUCAAAAGAAACUAAAGGAUUUAAAAAUGAAAUUAAGAAAGCUUCGAACGAAGCUGCGAAAAUUAAAAUCCGAGUACCAAUAUUCCGAGGACGAGGAGCAAUCCGAGAAGUCAGAGAUGGAUACACUUCAAGAUUUGAAGAGGGCGACGGAACAGGCGAUUAGGGAGCUACAAGUUGAGGCCGCUAAGGCUAAUAAAAGGAAAGGUGUCAAAAAGCUCAUUUAUAUUCACAAAUUUCCUGAGCCCGGUGGGAGCAAACAGCCCGGCAAAGCAAAUAGUCUAGCGGACCUGGGCACGGACUUGCUAGCCCUUGUCGAGACAGACAAACCAAAUUCUGCACCACUGAGUCCUAAGCCCGUGACCCCAAAACCGGCUCCUCCGUCCACCCAGGACGCGCAAAAGAAACAGCCCAUACAGGACGAUACACCUUCUCUCACAGAACUCGAGAAACAAGCGGAAAUGGAAGUUAACUUUCUUACCAAGAAAAAAGACAAAGGUAAACAGAAUGUCUUAAAUCCAGGAUUAAAAAUAAACAUUCCAGAGGCAGCUGCAAUCUCACCAAAAGAAACUCCAGGUUCCAAGGGAGAGACACGCAUGCAUGUAUUAGGGGCCAAUGAUAUACCAGUCCCUGCCUUAAAAGAGCAUGAAACGUCAACUCUAACACCGCAUUUUAAUAUGCCCGUGAAACCGCAGGUCAUAAAAACGCCAGGUGGUCAGCGGUUACUCAAUCCAAUUCAGCUUAACAACUUGGCACAAAUACUUCCAGAACCCAUUGAUAAUACAAGGGAAAGAAAGUUUCAGCCAUCUCGCCCACAUGUUUUCUCCAAAGGUGGCAUGAACAGAACUAAACAUGCUCCAGAUUAUUUUAGCAUCGGCUGUUGGCGAGAUCAACCCGAGAGAGCGCUUCCUAGUCUGGAAGGAAUAUUCCCAAUGUUAGAUGGAAACGACUACAUGUUACGCAAAUAUGCAAUUAAAAAAUGUUCAACCAUCGCGAGGGUCCAGGGAUUUCCUGCCUUUGCUUUGGAAAAUGGCGGCCAGUGUUUAGGCGGUAAGGAUAUUCUAGAAACAUACAACAUGUAUGGAGCCUCAAGCGCGUGCAAGCCAGAUGGAAGAGGAGGACCCUGGAGUAUGGAAGUGUACAAGUUUACCAAACACAUACCCGCUCGUCGAGGUGGAAUUGCUCGUCUUCCAAACCCGAAGCGUUUCUUGGCAGGAAAACAUUGACAUGUAACACAAAAUUUUUGUCAGUGGUUAACAUGCGCACGAGCAUGCGGGAUAAAGACAUCCCUUCAAGGGGAUGCUGAGGGUAGUGUACAUGAAAACAACAGCCUAAAGAAAAUUAUUAAUUGGCUUGGUUGGUGUUCACUAUAUUACUAUAAGAUUCCUGCGUCUUGAAAAAGACUUCCAGGUUUUUAAUAUGGUAUCCUUUUGCGAAAAUCAAGCGAAAAAGUAUAGUCGUGGGUUUUGUGGGCAGUAACUUCGAAAGAUACGAAUCUAGCGCACGAUUUGUAUACAUCUUGCAACAAGGAUAAAACAGCAAUAGAUUUUCAUUAAAUUUGUGGUGUUUAUCUAAAGUCCAUUCAUAUUUCAUAUGAUUGAUUCGAAAGAAAAACAUAUUGGGAUAACGAACCGAAAUCCGAAGAUGUUUAUCUAGAUAAGAAUUGAAUGAGCUUUCGGCUUCGCAAUUAACCCAAUACUGAGUAUGUAAUAGAAGUAAACCAAAUAUUUCAUCAAAAUAGAUGAAAUGAUCUUUGUACUUUUGAAUAAACAUAAUCAUUUUUAAUCUCUUAGAGCAGCAAAAAAGGAAAUGCAUUCGGAUAAAUUUGCUAUACUCGUGUACUUUUUAAAUACGCCAACUGUAGAUUAAUCACCUGUCAAUCAUUUUUCUUUGUCACAGAUAAUAUACAGCGUAUAAGUUAUUAAACAAAUUGUAAAAAAAUGCCUGUAGAUGACAUUUUUGAUUUAAAUAAUAUUGCAAUAUAACUUUAAAAGGCCUGGGUUGUGGUGAGUAUAUAUCUUUCAUCUGUUUUGUUAAACACACCUCUCUCUCCCAAUUAAAAAAAACUGUGCUCAUAAAGUAAAUUAUUUUCCAGAACAAAAUU